UUGGCUUCAAAAUCAAGUGCAGACCUUCAGCAGGCAGUUGGAUACGCUCCCGCUCCAACCUUUGCUCGAUUUACGAAUACAGAACAGGCUGAGCACACAAAACCCGCACCAGCGCCCAUUACUUCCGCUGAUCGGAACACAACUGGUGAUAGCGACGACUAUGUUAAGGUGAAUGUGGAUCCGAUCUAUGACAUGCCUCCCAACAAUGAUAAAGGUAUGAGCCCCGAAGAAGCGAAGAAAUUGCAGGUAAUCACGUGUGUGGAGUGA